AUGUUGCAAAUUAUCUUCAAUUCUUUGGCGCAAUUAGCUCAAGGGCGCGCCGUUUCGGACUUAUCGUGGACCCCGAAGGCUCUUUCCUUUGCCCUUACCAUUCUAUCAUUCCACCUCCUUGGGCUAGCCGUAUACCGAGUUUAUUUCAGCCCUCUUGCUAAGUUUCCCGGACCGAUUCUGGCGAGUUUGACAACAUGGUAUAUGGCCUAUUACGAUCUGCUCUACGACGGUUACUUUUUCAAAAAGGUCCAGGAUCUUCAUCGCCGCUACGGACCCAUCGUUCGCAUUACACCCAACGAAGUACACAUCAGCGACCCCGAGUUUAUAAAAGUUCUUUUUACUGGAAAUCUCAAAAAGCGAGAUAAGAGCAAAUGGCUUGGUCGAAUGCUCGGCCUCCCCGGAUCUGUUGCCUCCACAACCUCCCACGAGCUGCAUCGCCAGCGCCGUGCCGCGAUGCAGCGAUUCUUCUCCAGAUCUAGCCUCCGACGCCUGGAACCAGCUAUUCAACGAACGUUGAAGAAUCUGUUGGAUCGCCUGCAGGCGUCCGGGCGGCAGAAUGAUAUCCUGAGCAUGAACGUCCUUUGCAAGGCGGCUACCUGUGACAUCAUCACCGAGUAUGCCUUUGGCCAGUCAACGGAGUAUUUACAUCGAGACGAUUUGAAUGUUGGCUUUUUCAGAUCGCUCGAUGCCAACUUCCAGACUGCGUGGUACAUGGCCUAUCUUCCGUGGGUGGGCCCGUUGCUGCAGCGCGUACCGCCGUCUAUGAUGGGGCUUGUGUAUCCCGGACUGAAAUCAUUGCGGUUAAUGCACGAGCAAUGGGCGACGCGUAUAGAAGAGAUUCGCCGAGAGGUCGACUCCCACAGUGAUCCGGACGCCAGUGUCUUUCAUGGUAUACUCACGAGCAACCUUCCAGCGCAUGAGAAAUCCGUGGCGAGACUGCGACAAGAAGCGCAGGUCCUUGUCCAGGCAGGACAAGAUACGACGGGUAAGUAACCCUUCCCAAGCUUGAAUAGGUAUUUAAGAUCUAUACCGAAUGACAUGACCAUCAAUAGCAAACUCCGUAGCAUUCAUCACAUACGUGUUGCUGCAAAAUGCAGAUAUUUGCCGCAGGCUCAAGGCGGAGUUAGAAGACGCACUUCCGGAGCCCGACCAAGUCCCUUCUGUCGCGGUGGUCGAAAGUCUGCCGUACUUGAAAGCCAUAAUUCAAGAGACCCUUCGGCUGUAUCCCUCUGCCAUUGUACGCCAGAGUCGCGUGGCGCCAGAUGCAGAUCUUGUCUAUGCCAACCAGAAGACGGGCGAAAGAUGGGUCAUCCCGGCAGG